GUGUGCUUUAUAAUUACAAAACAGAAAGUAACCAAAAAUCAUUGAUCAAUUUCAUAAAAUCAAGUUCUGACUCAUGAUCGAAAUUUUUUAGAUACAUUGAUGAACAUUUUUGUGGUAAUUUGAUAUUUUGCACCUCUGAAUUAUUUCACUGACCUAAAUGAUAAUAACCGUAUUGCAGUUUGUGAGCCUCAACCAAUGGGAAGAGAGAUUUUACCUAGUUGACCAAUCCAAAGUACGGGUAUUAAAGCACCUUCAAAUGUUAGCACAAAACGUAAUCGAAUCCUCAUUAGGAAAGUUAAUUUGUGGUUAUUACAUAAGUUUCAGGUUAUCUGAUUCAUUAUAAAGCCAAAUGAACCAACCUUACAAAAUAAUCUUGAGCUGAAAGUUACUUCUCAGUCUCAAAUGACAUUAAAUACGACAUCACUCUAUAUCAAUGUAAAUGAAGACACAACAGAUAUGCCAAUGAACUUUAAUUUAAAUCAGACUGAGUGUAUUUGUCAAGUACUCUAUAAUAACCAGGAAACUGAUCGGUUGAAGACAUUUUUGUCGAAAAUAUCAACGACUACAAUGUAUCAUAACAAUGAAGUCAUUGUGAAAUGCAGAGCACUAGUUUUAUUUGUCAAUAAAGAAUUUACCGAAUUAUUCAAAAUUUUAAAUAAUUUUCCAUUUAGUGUUUAUAAUCAUAAUGAAAUGCAAAAUUUAUGGUAUCAAGCUCAAUAUGCACAAAUAGAGAUAUCACGUGGUCAUCAGUUGAACGCUGUAGCCAAAUAUCGUAUACGUAAGAAAUUCCCACCACCGAACACAAUAUGGGAUGGAGAUGAGGUGACGUAUUAUUUUAAAGAUAAAUCAAGAAAUUAUUUAGCUGAACAGUUUGCGCACAAUCCAUAUCCGUCUAUUGUGGAAAAACAUUUCAUGGCUAAGAACAGUGGUCUUACUAUAACACAAGUAUCAAAUUGGUUUAAGAAUAGAAGACAACGUGAUAAAACUCUUAAUAACUUUAAAAGUAGAUGUAUAACCCAGAAUGGAUUGAGUUACCUUCAACCAACUGAUUUCGAGGUGUCGACAGAGUUCCAUGAACACUUUGAACAAAAUACUGAUACCCCACUGUAUGAUGCAAAAUUUCUUGAGACAGCUUGUUCCGAUUCCAGUAAAUCGUAUUUUGAUUAUGAAAGGGAACCUCAAGAUCGUGAUUUCAGCUUCUAUUGCCAUCAAUCUGGAAAUUAUUCUUCUUCAUUUUCUCACCUAAACUCUUCAGAUGAAGAUUUUUCUGUUACAAGUACAAGAUACAACUAGUUUGACUCAGAUUUAUCUAAAUAAAAAAGUUACACAAAAAUUUUAAUCGAUGAUCCCAGUAUACGGGGAAUUUCCAUACAAUGAAACUUG